UCUCAGAGGCUGUAGCUAGCCUGCACUUGUCUAUUGCUUUCUCAUGGUCUGAAUGAUGAUUGGGAAUCUCCGAUUGGACCAAUAAUAUCAGCAUGUUGUAUUCUGUCUUCUAAAGCAGUCACAAAGAACAGCUGGUCCUGCCACAGCCCACCCUGCAGAGACCAGUGCUUCAAUGAGAAGCCGGCAGCUCACCCUGGCAUAGGGCAGCAUCAGGCAAAGGGAGCUGUACCCUCUUUCUGGGAGAUAAUGAGAGCUGUGGGUAUAUAUGGUGUGUUGGCCAUUUACCUGGGUCUGUGCUCUGGUGAUAUCCAGGAUCUCAUAAAUUCCCAGCACAGACACCAGCAGUUAACAGGUUACAGUCUCUGUUCCGAUGGGGUUGACAGUCUGGGCUAUUACAAUGGUUCACUGUCAGUGACAGAAUUUGGUUCACAAUGUCUGAACUGGACAGACUUCCCUGAUUAUAUCCAGCAGUACCCUGUGAAAGGACUGGGAGACCAUAAUUACUGCAGAACCCCUGACGGAGGAUCAGCACCCUGGUGUUUCUACCGACAAGCGACUGGUGUUAUCAGCUGGGCUCAGUGUGACUGCAGCCAGGGUGCACUCCGUCUGGUGGGCGAUUUGUCUCGGGACAAAGGGGCAGUACAGCUUUAUUUCAAUGGGAUUUGGGGGUCUAUUUGUGGUUAUCAUUGGACUGACUGGGAUGCGAGUGUGGUCUGCAGACAGCUGGGCUUCAGUGAGAUUGGUACAGCCUUGAGAAGCACAGAAUACAGUUCAUGGGCAUCUCCAGUUCAUCUUGAUGCUUUAAACUGCAGAGGAGAUGAGAAAGCUCUGCUACACUGCAACUACAGACAAGCCCUGAAUACUGGCUGCAAGCAGGGGCUUAUUGCCUCUGUAACCUGCUCCCCACCUGAAGGUUUGAUGCCUCCGCUCCGACUGGUUGGAGGACAGAACCAAUAUGAGGGUCGUGUAGAAAUCUACUAUGAUGGAAGAUGGGGAACAAUCUGUGAUGAUCAUUGGGAUGAUAAAGAUGCUGAAGUUGUGUGCAGACAGCUGGGACUCAGAGGAAAGCCGACGGCCUGGGUCUGGGCACAUUAUGGGCAAGGUUCUGGUGCCAUCCUGCUUGAUGAAGUAGAAUGUAAAGGUGACGAGCCAUCACUUGACCUGUGUCAGAAGAGUGAAUGGGGACAUCACAACUGUGACCACAUUGAAGACGCUGGCGUGUCCUGUGACCCUUUCUCAGAUGGCGCAAUUAGAUUAUCCGGGGGCCAAGUUCCAUCUGAAGGAAGAGUGGAAGUUUAUUACAGUGGAUCCUGGGGGUCUGUGUGUGAUGAUAACUGGACAGAACUCAAUGCUCGGGUGGUCUGUAGACAGCUGGGGUUCAGUGCAUCAUCCAGCUCAGUGUCAGAGGGAGAAUUUGGACCAGGACAAGGAUUAAUCUUUUUGGACGAUGUGGUUUGUACUGGAACAGAACAUUCACUUGUGGAAUGCGCACACAGUAGCUGGGGCCAGCACGACUGUUCACAUUCGGAGGAUGUCGGCGUUCGCUGCUUAUCUGACAGUAACGACAUUAUCAGAGAACCCUCAGCUCCGCCAGUGCGGCUUGUGGACGGAGAGAGCACUAAGGAAGGCAGAGUGGAAAUCUUCCUACACGGGGAGUGGGGGAGCGUAUGUGAUGAUGGGUGGACAGACGACGACGCAGUUGUGGUUUGCAGACAGCUGGGACACAGAGGUUUUGCUAAAGCCAGAACAAUGGCAUAUUUUGGAGAAGGACAAGGACCAAUUCACCUGGAUAAUGUUGAAUGUAAUGGAACAGAGAGCACACUGGCAGAGUGCAGGAAGCAGGAUAGCGGGAUACACAACUGUUGGCACAGUGAGGACGCUGGCGUGAUCUGCGACUACGCAGAGAAGCAGGUCAGCGAGAUAAAGAGCACAGCCGGGGCGCCAUCCAUGUGCGGCAUUCGUCCUGUGCAUCGGCGCAAGAAAAGAAUUAUAGGUGGAUCAAAAUCCAUCAGGGGGGGUUGGCCAUGGCAGGCAUCUCUGAGGCUGAAGGGAUUCCACAAAGAGACACGGCUGUUGUGUGGCGCUACACUUAUCAGCUCAUGCUGGCUUCUCACAGCGGCUCACUGCUUUAAAAGAUUCGGAGAGCGCCCACACCGCUACAUGAUCAGAGUUGGAGAUUACCAUACUGGCGUAGACGAUGAGUUUGAGAGAGAGUUACCUGUACAGCGGAUCGUUAUUCAUAAGAAAUACCAGUCAAGCAGCAAUGACAAUGAUAUUGCGCUAGUGCGAGUGCAGGGCAAGGAGAGGCAGUGCUUACCCUUCAGUUACCACGUCCUACCCAUCUGCCUCCCAGAGAAGAAGGAAAAAGCUCUCCACCAGCAGACGUGUUUUAUCUCUGGAUGGGGAGAUACAGGAACGUCAUAUUCAAGGACCCUUCUGCAGGGCGCAGUCCCCCUUCUUCCUAAAGAGACAUGCGUAUCCCGGUAUAAGAGCAAAUUUACCAACCGCAUGAUCUGUGCUGGCAAUCAAUCUGAAGACAAGAGGGUAGACAGCUGUCAGGGGGACAGCGGGGGGCCCCUCAUGUGUCAAAGGUCAAAUGGGUAUUGGGUCAUUGUUGGAAUAACUUCUUGGGGCUACGGGUGUGGGCGUAAAGGCUACCCAGGAGUCUAUACUAAGGUCAGCAAGUUUACGCCUUGGAUCAAGAGGGUGACAAAAUUGAAAUAAGAUCAUGGACUCUUAUCCUUGGUAAUGACAUUAAUCCUCUUCCCUAGAAUCAUUUGUGAACAUUAUGUGCCUCUCAAGCCUUAAGCCUCAAGUUGUAGGAUAUUCCUAUCACAAAUCACAAUGCCAUGAUGUGUUCUUCAUUCAACUCUCUGAGCUUAGAGCCAAGAUCUCCAGCUCGGUAACUGUGUCAGAAAUACACUAGAGAAUAAUUGUAACAGUGACAAAGAUACAUAUGAAAAGAAAUGUAACCCAAAGUACCACAUGGUUAUGACGACAGCGUACAAGAACUUGUACAAAUGUUAUGAGUUUUUAUUUGAUACUUUCUUGUAUUUAUUUCCAACCACAUUGUGCCAAUGGAUGUAAUAUUCUGUCCUGUGACUAUAUUACUUUAUGCUACCAUCCAGGAUAGAAGGUUUGAAUCGUAUAAGAGCAAUGAAGUAAAGCAUUAUGUAUUGAAGAAAUGAGUAUAUGUGCACUCUACUGUAAAAUAAAAUAUUAAUAAUUAUUUUUAAAACUAGGAAAAAUAUCAUUAAACAAAGUGACAUUAGAAUAUAUACUUGUAGACAAGGUCAGCUAUUUCUUAUGAAUAAACACCCCUUAGCACCAAAUGUCCAAAAAGGAAUGAAGAUGAGCGGAUAAAGUGCCAAUGCUGCUUUCAUUAACAAUAACUGGAUACCUUAGCUUUAGAUGACGAUAUUGCAAAGUGUCAAUGAAUGAGAAUACAGCAAAUAUUAUUAUACAUAAAAAUGCUAAUGCUUUUGUACCACAAAUAGGCUUUUAUCAAGUUACCAAAAAUCUCACUAAAAUGUCUAAAAAAAAUCCAGGUAUUUCAAUAAAUUACUAGCCAAUUUAAUGUGAAUUGCAAAUGGAAGUGCUCCUGAUUGGUCUUAAUUCUUAGGACAGUCUAUUUCAAGGACAUAAUCCAACAAUUUUAUUUUGCUCAUUUACUGUAUUACAUGUCAGAGAAGGAAUAUUGUGUUGAUGUAAUUAACCUGUAAUUAACUGCUAGAUCUAAUAAUAUAUUACUUAACAUUGAUAAUAUCUUUGGAUUUUUUUAAUUAAAAGUUUUAAUUUGUAGUAUGUGCUAUAAAAUGUAUGGGAUAUAUAAGGCAGCAGAGGUGUCAGGUUCUGUCCUAAAUGUAAUUGUAGCUGUUGACCAAAGGCAGAAGUUUAACCAAAUAUUUUUUUUUUAAAUGUGUCAAAUUAUAUGUUGUCACAGAAAAAGAGUGAGGGUCAAAGGUUUGAGAGUAAGAUGGAAGGGGGAUGAGAGAGACUGGAAAUGAGACAGAUGUUGGAGGAUCUGUCUUUUUUUUUUUUUUUGGAGAUGCUACAUACACUAUUCACUCUUAUUGGGGCUCCUCGAUCAUCAAAGAUGACAGGAGCCCUAAAUCGAACACAGACACGUUACAAUGACUUGUCCAAUGAGUCUAUCUAGAUUGUCAGUCAGAUGUUGCUGGACAAUGAGAAACAGCACCAACAAGGAGCCACUGAGCACCAAAAGGUGUUAAAGGCACAGUCUAGUAAAAAUUAAACUGUCAUGAUCCAGAUAGGGUAUAUACUUUGAAACAACUUUCCAAUUUACUUUUAUCAUCCAAUUUGCUUUGUUCUCUUGGUAUUCUUUGUUGAAAGCUAAACCUAGGUAGGUUCAUAUACUAAUUUCUAAGCCCUUGAAGGCUGCCUCUUAUCUCAGUGCAUUUUGACAGUUUUUCACAGUUAGAUAGCGCUAGUUCAUGUGUGUAAUAUAGAUACCAUUGUGCUCACUCCCGUGGAGUAACUUAUGAUUCAGCACUGAUUGGCUAAAAUGUACGUCUGUAAAUAGCACUGAAAUAAGGGGGCAGUCUGCAGAGGCUUAGAUACAAGAUAAUCACAGAUGUAAAAUGUGUAUUAAUAUAACAGUGUUGGGUAUGCAAAACUGAGGAAUGGGUAAUAUAGGGAUUAUCAAUCUUUUUAAACAAUAAACAUUUUCAAGUAGUCUGUCCCUCUAAAGGAAAAGUUAAAUGUUUAAAAUAAAACUCAAAAUUAAACAUUCAUGAUUCAGAGCAAUCGAUUUGAAAAACAAAAAUCAAAUUUACUUAUGUUAUCAAAUUGACUUUGCUCUCUUUUGUUGAACAGCAUACAUGUGUAGAGAGAAGUGUGUACGUAUCUGAAAAUAUUGAAGAUUGUUGCAAACACUGCUGCCAUCUGGUGCUCAAAGGUGUAUAUAACACACAGGUGUAAUUGCUGUCACAUAGUAGAAUGAUCCAUAAAAUGAGUAGAAACAGGUGAAGCUCACUCAGACCCCCCCCCCCUUUAUGUUUGCCUUAAUAAUAAUGAACUGAAUCCUAGCUAGGCAAAUUAAGAAUCAGCCAAAUUGGAGAGGGGUAAAAUCACUGCUCUGUAUGCCCUACUAACAAUACAUGGGAAUCAAGUACUGUAUAGAGCUGAAGUAACUGCUUUUGUAUGUGCUACUGAUUGAAGGAGGAGAUGUCAAAUCAAAGUUCUGGAUGAUGGGUCAUUGGUUGGUCAUCUAAGGCGCGAUCACAUAUGUUGCGUAAUUUUCUGCGCAACUGCUGAAACCCAUGUCGCCCAUAAGUUCACCUCCCACAUCAGGUGAAUCACAUAACACAUGCCGCCAUAUGAUAUACUGGUUCAGAAAUAUGCGCAACUACACAUUUCUGGCAUCGCCAGUAAGUUACGUCAGUAUAUUGCACUCGUAAGUUAAAAAUAAAGAGUAGCUUUUGUAUGUUGAAUUCACAAGUAAAAAUUGAAACAGAAAGAAAUUAAUCAACCGACACGCAACCCGACUGCAAGGGAAACAUGGUGGGUAAUCAGGGUGUGCAUUGUCUGUCAGGUGUUUUAAGGCUGCAGGUGAGAGGUUGUACUGUUUGUGAUUGGUUUGAGACACUUGCAGAGGGCUGAUACUGGUUUGAUUAAUUAAGUGGCCAGGAAAGGUUUAACUGUUUGAUAUGUAGGGCUCAAAUGUAUGUGAGUGCGCAGCGUUAGGUGUUUGUUAAGCCUUCCAGGGACUUACGCUGCUUUUUUACUGUGUGCGAGGGUAGCUGCGCCUUCCUAUGUGUGGCGAGCUGAAAAUGGAGUAAAAUAUAUCCAUUCUGCGCACGUAAGUGCCUUUGUGAAAACGACUGCUGACAACAGUUCUAUAUUAGUCUAUGGGAUUAAAAAAUGCGCACAGCAUGAAAAAUCUAUGCGCGUAACUUGUCUGCUGCGCCGGUUUUAUGAUUGCGCGAUUUGAGAAAAAAAUGGUGAUGCUGGGUUUUGCGCACCUCGCCAAGUAUGUGAUCGAGGUCCUAGUAUUUAUGAUAGUUGGCAACCCUAAUAGCAGUGCAAAUAUUUCAUCUCAGACUGUUUCACUGAUGCCAGUUGAUCAAACAGCAAAGAAAGCACAGACAAUUAAAACUAGUGCCACACAUUUAAAAAACAACAAAAUAUUUAAAGGAAAAUAAAACCCAACAUUUUUCUUUCAUGAUUUAGAGCACAUGAUUUUAUGUAUAAUUUACUUAUCAAACUUUCUUUGUUCUCUUGUUCUCUUUUAUUUAAAAGCAGGGACGCAAGAUCAGGAGCGUUCACGUCUGCAGCACUAUAUUGCAGCAGUACUGCAGGAAUGUUAUUCAUUUACAAGAGCGCUAGAUGGCAGCACUAUUUCCUGCCAUAUAGUGGUCCAGACACCUACCUAGAUAUCUCUUCAACACAGAAUAUCAAGGGAACAAAGCAAAUUUGAUAAUAGAAGUUAAUUGGAAACUUUUUAAAUUUGUAUUCUCUGUCUGAAUCCUAAAAGAAAAUUUGGGGUUUCAUAUCCCUUUAAGGGCAAUCAUAGUUAAAGGGAUAUUAAACCUAUAUAUUAUUUUAUUUUAUGAUUCAGAUAGAGCAGCAAUUUUAAGCAACUUUCUAAUUUACUCCUAUUAUCAAUUUUGCUUUGUUCUCUUGACAUCUUUAUUUGAAAAGCAGGAAUGUUAGCCUUUGGAGACAGACCAUUUUUGGUUCAGCACCCUGGGUAGCGCUUGCUGAUUGGUGGCUAAAUGUAGCUACCAAUCAGCAAGCACUAUCCAGGGUCCUGAACUAAAAAUGGGCUGGCUACUAAGCUUUCAUUCAUGUUUUUUUUAAAUAAAGAUACCAAGAGAACGAAGAAAAAUUGAUAAUAGAAGUAAAUUAGAAAGUUGCUUAAAAUUGCUGCUCUAUUUGAAUCAUGAAAGAAAAAAAGUGGGUUUAGUGUCCCUUUAACAUAUUUAAAUGUUACAAAAUUCAUACCUACUAAUGCAGUAUGAAUGCAUUUUAUUUUAGUAUUACCUGCAACAUUGUCUCUACACUGCAUUUUAUUUUAGUAUUACCUGCAACAUUGUCUCUACACUGCAUUUUAUUUUAGUAUUACCUGCAACAUUGUCUCUACACUGCAUUUUAUUUUAGUAUUACCUGCAACAUUGUCUCUACACUGCAUUUUAUUUUAGUAUUACCUGCAACAUUGUCUCUACACUGCAUUUUAUUUUAGUAUUACCUGCAACAUUGUCUCUACACUGCAUUUUAUUUUAGUAUUACCUGCAACAUUGUCUCUACACUGCAUUUUAUUUUAGUAUUACCUGCAACAUUGUCUCUACACUGCAUUUUAUUUUAGUAUUACCUGCAACAUUGUCUCUACACCUUCCACAUAUGGAGCAAAUGCACAAAUCUUUUGCAAAUGUCACAUCCCAAUGAUUUGAGAAAAGAGACAAAUUUCCUUUCCAAAAAAAACCCAUAAAUAAAAAAAGAUACUUUAUAUUAGGUAACUAAUUGUAUUUGUAUGUUGAGAUUCUGAGCCAAAAACUACAUCAUAGAAAAUAAUUUAAACAUUGUGCUUGAAGAUUUGUAAGUCUUAGAUAAAUGUAUUUUUGUUUUUAAUUAGUGUCCAUGUAAUUAAAUAAAAUAAGUGUAUGAUUAAAUGUUA